UUGGCCACUAUCACUAGUGUGAUGUGUGUGACCUCUCUCUUUUCUCUUCCCUCUAAUGCUAAUGCUAGUGGUUACCUUUUCUUUUCUCUUUUGUCCCUCUUUUAUUAGACUUUCCAGUUACCAUCUCUUCAUCAUCUUCCUUCCAUUCAUUAAGCUUUCUUUCAAUUUGAAUAUCAUAUCAAUGUUAGCUGCAAACAGAUAGCUAGAUUUUAUAGAAUGGGGAGUGAUGGAGAAACAACCUAACCAAGUUACACUAUCUCUCCCCUCUAACAAUAACAUCAAGGAAGAGCCUUUCAGAAAAUCAUCUCUUCUUGCUUCUACUGCUUCUGCUGCUGCUGCUGGUGGUGGUGUUGAUAGAUUGAAAAGAGAUGAAUGGAGUGAAGGUGCCGUCUCAAGUCUCCUCGACGCCUAUGAAUCGAAAUGGGUUCUUCGAAAUCGAGCUAAGCUUAAAGGACAAGAUUGGGAAGAUGUGGCUCGUCAUGUCUCUGAAAGAGCCAACUCUAGUAAGACGGCCAAGACACAGACGCAGUGUAAGAACAAGAUUGAGUCCAUGAAGAAACGAUAUAGAUCGGAGUCAGCCACUGUAGAAACUUCCUCGUGGCCUCUUUUUCAUCGUCUUGAUCUCUUGCUUCGCGGUGGAGCUCAAACUCCUCGGUCCCCAUCUAAUCUUCCUCCUCCUCUUGUGCUACUUGAUCAACUACCUCCACCACCGUCACCAGCACCAGCUCCACCGGCACCACCACCUCAGCCUCCUCCUCCACCUCUUGGUAUCCAACAAGAUUCUCAUGAAUCCAACGGGGUUGAACUUGAAUCCAAGGAAGAUGGUGUUGGAGUGAAAUUAUUGGAGCAUGGAUCAGAUAAAACUCCCAUGGAGAUGGAUAGUAGCACACCACCAGUCUCUAAUGGGCAAAGGGAGAAGUUGAAGUCCAAGAAAAUGAAGAUGAGAAUGAAGAGAAAGAAAAGAAGAAUGGGAGGAGAUUGGGAGGUGGCCCAAAGUGUCAGGUGGUUGGCUGAGGUAGUAGUGAGGUCGGAGCAGGCAAGGAUGGAUACAAUGAAAGAACUAGAGAGAAUGAGAGCUGAAGUUGAGGCCAAGAAGGGAGAAAUGGAUCUCAAGAGAACAGAGAUUAUUGCAAACACUCAAUUGCAGAUUGCAAGGCUUCUGGCUGUUGAUGUCAAAGGCAUUGAUUCUUCAUUGAGGAUUGGAAGGAAUUGAAGACCAGUAGUGGUCAUUGAGUUUGUUCUAAUUCUUACAUCUGGUGUAUAUGUAAAAUAAAGGCAUUCCUACUGUCACAGUAUAUUUUUAUGUUUUGACUGGCUC